GACCUUGGCCGCUAUGCCAUACCGCACAAGCUGUACAUCCAUGGCGAUUGGUCGGACAGUAGCAAGCAGCAAACACGCAGCCUCACUUCGGCAGUUACAGACCAAGUGAUCUGUGACAAUGUACACUGGGCCACUGGUGAAGAUGUCGACCGGGCUGUAGAUAGCGCGGAACGAGGCCUCAAGGCCUGGCAGGCACUGAGCAAGCGUCAACGGCGUGAAGCUCUGGUGAAGUACGGCGAGCUACUGAGGGAGCACGCGCAGGCCAUCUUCUGGUUGGAAGCUGUACUCACGGGAAAGGCGCGAUCAUUCAGCGCCUAUGAAGUCGACGCUGCGGCGGAGACGUUCAAAUGCAACUCGAUCGACACUUUCCACGGCCAGGUCAUUAGCCAGGAAGACGAGUGCAUCAAGUACACGCUCCACCAGCCUUUCGGUAUCUGCGCCGCCGUCCUUCCAUUCAACGGUCCUCUCGUUUGCUUCGCUAUGAAAGCGGCGCCUGCUCUGGCGGCAGGUAAUGCUCUUAUCGUCAAAGCUAGCGAGCUCAAUCCAUUCUCUACCAUGCUCGCAAUCUCGCUAUCGGUCGAAGCGGGCAUUCCUCCCGGGACCAUCAAUGGUCUCAUAGGCGACGGAGAGGCUGGGAAUGCGCUCGCGAGCCACAUGAAGAUUCGCAAGAUCAGUUUCACGGGCAGCCUACCGACCGCACGUCUCAUCCAGACUGCCGCAGCUCAGUCGAACCUGAAGAGCGUCACUCUUGAGCUCGGCGGCAAAUCUCCUAUCAUUGUUUUCCCGGAUGCAGACCUCGACAGAGCCGCUGAGGGUUGUUGCCAAUUUUUGAUGUUGAAUGGUCAGGGAUGCAUGCUGGGGACUCGAGUGUACCUCCACAAGACCAUAUCCGACCAAGUGAUCUCAAGAAUCCAGGCGACGGUGCAGAUGUACGAGGCCAAUCUGCAAUCAGAUCCAUUUCGGGACGACACCUGGAGCUCUCCUUUGUUCAACGCUCGCCAAAGGGAAACUGUGUUGCGAUACAUCGAGCAUGGCAAGAGCGAGGCUACCCUCCUUCCAGGAGGCGGGGAGGUCAUCGACGGCAGUGGAUGCUAUAUCCGCCCAGCCAUCUUCACGAACCCAUCGUCCGCGGCCAGUAUUCUGAAAAGUGAAAUCUUCGGUCCCGUCGUUGUCAUUUCUACUUUUGAAGAGGAAGACGUGGUCAUCAAGGCCGCUAAUGACUCCGAGCUGGGUCUGGGCGCCUUUGUAUGGACCCGCGAUAUUGGCCGCGCUCUGCGAGUAAGUAGCCAGAUCGAAGCCGGCUGCGUAGGAGUCAACGGAAAUCCAUACGUACCCUGGGUGGCGAACACCACCGCCGGGGGCUGGAAACAAAGCGGCCAAGGAGUUGAGAAUGGGUUCGCAGCACUGCUGGACUGGACGCAAACCAAAAGUGUGAAGAUCUCAGGCUGA